GUAAUUAAUCUCUACGCUUCUCUCUUUGCAAUUACUUCUUGAGAGCAUCUCUCUUUAGAAUAUUGAGUAUUGUUGACUUGAUCGUCGGAGUGUUUUCCCCGAAGAAACAUCCUCGGAAUUUUCAGGUGUAGAAGCAGUUAAGGACUUCAACAGUGUUGGACUACGAAGCUGCUCAAAUAUUUGGCACCGUCUGUGGGAACCCGAACAAGAAGUUGUGUAGCCUAACCUGCUGAAAGGCAAAAUGGUUCGUACUUUUACUGGAAGUCGCCCUCCAAGAAAUGAAAUGGACGAACAGGAGGACACUCAAUUGUCUGAACCCGGCUUGAAUGAUUUUAGGCCAAUGCCAAGAAACCUUUUUGUUGGAGGAGCAGAACAGGAUCAACUAAGAACAAGGCAAAGACAUCCCAGACCAGGCAACUCACAGCAAGAACGACCUGAAAGGUCAAUUGAGCCUACUCGGACAACCGAGCUCGAAGAGAGAACUAGAGUUCUUGAAAUGGCAAUGGGUAAAAUCCUUGCCCGCCUGAUCCCUGAUGACCCCCUGAUUCCUUUGUUGAACAGGGAUGCACAGCCAGCUGUUGUUGUUGCAACUCGAAACUCCCCCACUCUGAGCAAUAUAAUAGUACCGACCAAACCAAGGGGAAGUGAGAAGUUAAAUAAUGAGCCUAGCUCGUCCAAGCACAGUGAAGAACUGAUGAGUAAGAAUGCAGACCUUGAAAGGCAGUUACGAGAUGUACAGAAAUCCAUUGACGAGCUGAAGAGUCCCAGGUCGCACCAACAAACCCUAGAUUUGGAUAAUGCGCCACUAAACCUAUCCAUCACAGCGGAACCGUACCAAGAGGGAUUCAAAAUCCCCCACCUAGAGACGUAUGAUGGCUCGGGUGACCCAGAUGAACAUCUGCACACCUAUCAGGCCAUCAUGAGAAUCCAAAAUGCCAAUGAUGCCAUGAUGUGCAAAGUGUUCCCAGCGACACUGAAGUCAACGGCCAGAAGAUGGGAGAUCAAACGCACAGCGACCGAGCUGAUGCAAGUUCAUAAGAAGGAAGGGGAAUCUCUGAGGGACUACAUGCAGCGAUUUAACAAAGUCACUUUAGACAUCGAUAACGUCCCCGAUACCAUCUGCUUGUCUGCCUUAUUGCAUGGUUUGAAGCGUGGUCGGUUCCUGGACAACCUGCUAGAAAACCCACCAAAGACGUGGAACGAAGUGAAUGACAGAGCGUACAGGGGACGUCAAUUUAAUAGGCGAGGCCAAGGACAGAGAACCGCCACCCAGAACCAAAAAGACAGGAAGGGGGUAGGCUAUGCUGGGAUACCCCCGACCUCGGGCACAAUAAACAUGAUCUCGGGUGGUAUACACUCUGGAGGCCAAAGCGCUCGAGGUCGUAAAGCAUAUGCCCGACAGGUGAUGACCGUCAACAAGAACAGACCUUUGAAGCGGCCAUUCGAGGAGGCAGAGUGGGAGAAUGCGCCUAUUACAUUCAGCCCGGCAGAUUACAAAUAUCUUAUACUAGAGCUGUUUCCAAAAGAUGUAACUGAAUUCGAGCUCGCUGUAGAAGGGGUAGGAAUACUAAAUGGGAAUCAGAAAAUGACUAGAGCCUGUUAUCAAGAUACAUUUAAGAAGGUUGAGCUCGCUGUAGCCCCGAGAGGCUCUUUUGGAGGUAAUAUGUCGACUCAGCCCGAUCAACAGACAAUGAGCAUAGCAGACAUUGAGCAUCAACCUGAGGGUGUCGAACAGAAAGCAGAGCCAGUAGAGCCAGUAGAAAUAGUCCCUUUAAACCUUGAUGUGCCAGAAAGAACAGUCAAGAUCGGCACCAAGCUCACAGAAGAAGAACGAGCAAAGAGAGUUGAAUAUUCGGAGUGGGUGUCCAACCCUGUGCUCGUCAAAAAACUGAACGGCAAGUGGAGAAUGUGUAUUGAUUUCACCAACUUAAAUGAGGCAUGUUCAAAAGACCCUCAUCCCUUACCAAAUGUGGAGAAGCUGGUCGAGCGGGCAGCUGGGCACGAGCGGAUGAGUUUCUUUGACGCUAGCUUAGGGUACCACCAGAAGCUGGUGCAAAUCAUCUUUAAACUCCAGAUCGGCAGGAACAUAGAAGUAUAUGUGGAUGACAUGAUAGUCACCAGUGUGCGAGUUGAGGACCAUAUAGCCGACCUGAGUGAGACGUUUCAGAAUUUGCGCCAAGCCCAGAUGAAGUUGAAUCCCCUGAAGUGCACGUUCACUGUAGAAUCAGGAAAAUUCCUAGGGUACGUAGUAUCCAAGAAAGGAAUUGAAGUAAACCCAGAGAAGAACUACCCAUUAGCGGAAAAGGCUGCUUUUGCCCUGGUCUACACAGCUCGUAAGUUGAGAGCUUACUUCCAAUCCCAUCAAAUUGUUGUCUAUACUGAUAUGCCGUUGAGGAAGAUAUUGCAGAAACCAGAACUCUCUGGUCGGCUUAUCGGAUGGAGUGUCGAGCUGAGUGAGUACAACCUCAAAUUUCAGCCGCGCACAACCAUAAAGGGCCAGGCUGUGGCAGACUUCCUAGUGGAGUGUAUCUCGGCAACUGUGGAAGAAAAGGCACCCAAGCACCUAGUUUGGGUCUUGUAUGUUGAUGGAGCUGCUAACAUUAAAGGAUCGGGUGCUGGGGCUGUGUUAUUGGGCCCAGACGGUUUUAAAUCCGAGCAUGCAUUAAGAUUUAAAUUUCAGACUAUUAAUAAUGCUGCGGAAUAUGAAGCCCUCAUUUAUGGCUUGAAGCUGGCGUCCGAGCUGAAAGCGCAGAGCAUUAAGGUGUUCAGUGAUUCUCAGCUCGUGGUGGGCCAAGUGAAUGGCAGUUGUGAAAUCAAGGUUCCUCAGCUUGGUCGCUAUGCCUCUGUGGUCAACAGACUGAAGUCGAGAUUUGCCUCCUUCCAGAUAAACAAGAUACCCAGAGCAGAUAACCAACGAGCUGACGAGCUGUCAAAAUUAGCCUCCUCACAAGAUAUCAACCCUCAUAGCACAGAGCCCUCUUCACCGAGCUGGACUACCCCGCUCAUAGAUUAUCUGCAUAGUGGCGAGCUGCCUGAAGAUCCAUCUGCUGCAAAGUUGAUUAAACGCAGGGCGGCUCAUUUCACUUUGUUAGAUAAUCAGCUCUACAAACGAGCAGCCUCAAUGCCCCUAUUACGUUGCCUCACUCCUUAUGAAGCUGAAUACGUUGUGAGGGAAGUUCAUGAAGGAGUAUGUGGCACACACAUAGGUGGUAGAACUUUAGCUCAGAAACUCUUGAGGCAUGGGUAUUACUGGCUAACUAUGGUUGAGGACGCACAGAACUAUGUUAAAAAGUGCCCGACCUGCCAGUUCAACGCUGAUGACAUUCACAGCCAGGUAUUUGAGCUCGUCCUAAAGCUCAUGCAAACUUCAUUCGACCUGCUCUGCCCUUUUGUGAAAGGUAAAGGAGGUUGCACCUACCUUGUUGUCGCGGUGGAUUACUUCACCAAAUGGAUAGAAGCUAAACCAUUGUCCAUGACAACAGAAAAGAAAAUAGAAGAAUUCUUGUUCAAUUCAAUAUUGUGCAGGUUCGGUAUUCCUAAACGGAUCAUCGCAGACAAUGCCGAGUCCGCCAAUAAAAUCGUCUUGCGAGGCCUCAAGAUGCGUGUUUUGGUUGCACAUUCUAAUUGGGUUGACGAGCUCAAUAAAGUGCUUCGGUCAUGUCGCACUACACCCAGUUCGACCACAGGCAAAACCCCAUUCAGCCUAGCGUAUGGAGCAGAGGCCGUCAUCCUUAUUGAGGUCGGAUUGCCAUCUGAUAGAUCAGAUCGCCAUGACAAUCUUAAUAAUGAGCAACUUUUAAGAGAGAACCUAGACCUUGUAGAAGAGGUUAGGGAGAUGUCUCGAAUAAGAAACAUGGCGCAUCAAAGUCGUGUUAUAAAAUUUUAUAAUAAAAGAGUUCGAGCACGCCAGUUUCAGGUCGGCGAUUUGGUUCUACGCAAAGCUGGAUUAUGUUGGAGCGGGCUCUUGAAAGCUGCAGCCGGCUCUGGUGAAUUGGAAGCGCAGAGAGCUGGCUCUGGAAGCUGCAGCCGGCUCUACGGGCAAAAAUUUGAAGACCGUUGUUUGGCACGCGUGGAGAAAAGACGGAAAGCCGGCUCCAACUUUGCAGCCGACUUCGGCUCUCGAGGAAAACAGAAUGGUUUGCAAACCCGGAUAGCCGGCUCUGGAAGUGUAAGCAGAGCCGGCUCUAAGAAGUUAAGCCGGCUCUCCUGACAAUCCUGCAACUCGAGCUUUGUGUCCUACAGGGCAUUUAAUGACCCCCAACGGCUAGAAAUGGCUAUUUUCGAGCAAGGGGCUAUAAAUAUGGUUCGUAACA